AAUGCGGUACUUAGGUUUCGAAGGAGCCUGUAUGGGGGUUGAACAAGGCUCCGUUGAAACGUGAUGCUGCCAUUCAUCCCAAGUUUCAGUGAAUUCUGAAGGGAGUGGAAGCGAUGGCCGGGACACGGGAGGAUGCAAAUGCCCUUUAUAGGGCUGGAAACUUAGAAGGAGCGUGUGCUGUCUAUGAAGAGCUUGUUGCCCAGGCUGGUGGUGAUGGAGAGGAGUUGGCAAAGCUGCACAACAACCUCUCUGUGUGCUUCAAAGGCCUCGGCAAUCUGAAUGCUGCCCUCCAACACGCUGAGAGUUGCUUGGAACUCAACCCGGAGCAUGGCCUGUGCCACUUGCGCGCCUUCAUGUUGUCGGAGAAUAUGAGCCACCUAGAAGCUGCGGCGGCCUUGCUGGGCCACAAGCAUUCUGAGGUGAGGCCCCUCCUUUCCAAGCUGCCGGAUGCAGUUCAUCUACUUAAAACAAAUGAGGAUGUAGCGCAGCUAGCCUUGGAACUGGAGGUUGGGAGCCGCCAAGACAUCAAACACAGCUUGUUGGGAGUGCUUUGCCCUGGCUCUUACCAGGUCAACUUCCCGCUGGUUGCUGCAGGUCGGCGUGUGAAGCUGCUCGGGCUGGGCAAGGUGCUGCUGGUGAAAGCUCGCCCAGAGGCAAACCUGGGUAUCUCCUGCGAGGGAGGUGAGCUGGUAGUUGAGACCAUCAGCAUGCAGGAGGGCAGCCAUGCGCCAGUCAUGGGGCUCCUCGCUGCAGGAGACAGGUCAAGCAUUGUGACGUUGCAGGGGUGUAUUCUUAAGGGGUCUGGUGGUGUGACCGUGGUCGAAGGCCGCUUGCAGGCCAGAUUUUGUGAGUUUCACGACAUGACCAACAUGGCAGUGGAGAUGCGCAGUGCUGGACAUGUCGAGCUCCUCAACUGCCGCUUUUGCGGCUGCUGUAGGGGCAUUCAAGCAGCGGCGCGGACGGGAGAAAUUGUCAUUCGUCGCUGCGAGUUUCAGGCUACAAAGAAAGAGGCCGUGCAACUCGAUGGUUGUCGCCCUGCGGCAUCUGCCCGAGCUGUGGACGACAAAGGUCAUGCGACCAGGCAAAAGCUUCAGGUUGCAAAUGUGCCCCGUGACCAGCAAAUUGCACAGCAGUACAUGCAGCAAGUUUCGCAGCAGACCCGCGAGAGCUUGCGAAAAGAUAAGGCAGAUGUUCCUCCCCUCAGGGUCCAGCUACAUAGCAAUUCUUUCACAGAGACAGGCUGGCAGGCAGUGUCUUGUGGCGAUGGUGUGCAUGCAGAACUCUUCGCAUGCCACAUCAUGCAGACGCGAGCAACGGAGCAGAUGAUACAGCAAGAGAUUGGGUCUCAACUUCAGGCGCAGGGACUGCCAGUCAAAAUGGUGAAGCAGCUAAUCCAGGAGAGGGACAGUCACAUUCGCCAGGGGUCUUGUUAAGUUGCUUGAGUUUAGUGUCUUUGCUCGCAAGAAGUGUGUUGCACCAAUGUUAUUUGGAAAACAUGAAAGACGUGUUUUGGUGUUUCCGUGGCCAAGUCUUAAAACACUUGCACAACCAAUAGCAAUUCGACCCUUCUUCUCACCCUCAAUACCCU